CGAAGCCUACAUUUCCCAUCAGGCACCGUGGCGCGUGUUAUGUGCUCCACUCAUUUGUGCUCGGGGGAGAACCUGGCUGCUGUUGGUUGUGACAGAGGACAAACUGAGAGAGCAAGGUGUCCAACAUGUCUGCGGAUUGGGUCGGAUAUGGAUAUGCAGCCCUGAUCGCAUCCGGGGGAGUCAUUGGUUAUGUGAAAGCAGGCAGUACCCCCUCUCUUGCUGCGGGUCUUCUCUUCGGUGGCCUCGCGGGUUUUGGUGCCUACCAGAUCUCCAAUGACCCCAAAAAUAUUUGGGUGUCCCUCGCUACAUCAGGAGCUCUGACUGGCGUCAUGGGAAAGAGGUUCUAUGGGUCCAGGAAGUUCAUGCCAGCUGGCUUGAUUGCUGGAGCAAGUCUUCUGAUGAUGGGAAAGCUCAGUAUGACACUGCUCCAGAAACCGCAGGAGUCCUGAUGGAGUCGAGGUUCUGAUGUGCGCCUCCAUCUUCUAUUCCAGGAGCUUCUUGUCUUCAUUUGUCAUUUACUGUUAAUGUCAUUUUAUAAAGGAUGAAAUAUAAUACCUUGUUUAUAUAAUACAAA